AUGAACGCCAAUGAAGCGAUAGCUAGAACUGAUUCGCCCUCACCACUUCAUUUCCAUAUCCGCAGUUGUUCUUCCUGUCGGCAACGAAAGGUUAAAUGUGACCGGCAGCGGCCUUGUGUCAACUGUGUCCGCUCUGGAGUGGAAUGUGCAUACCCGCCUGGACGUGGCAGGGCCCCCAAGCGGCCUCGCGGUGCUUUGAAUGCGCAGUUGUCGCAACGAUUGUCCAGGUUGGAACUUAUUAUCAGAAGCUUUGAGACUUCAGGGAACCAGGGAAACUCCAUGCUGCAUCCUACGGGGCCAACCUUGCAAUCGUCCACAGCGGAGAGCGGAGUGCCACAAACCCACCCCCUCCAUCCUGGUUCCAGCACGAGCAAUUCGGAUUCGGAACUUUCUAUCGAGCAGCGUCUAGGGCGUCUACUUAUCAAUGAAACGCAAAGUUAUUAUGUCAGCAACGUGCUCUGGGCGAAUUUGGGAGAUGAGAUUGCCGAACUGCGAGAUCUACUUCAUGAGCCCGAGUUGGAAGAAGACAACUAUAUGCUUUCAGAAAGGUCCGUUUUGGAACGGCCUUUACCCUCUGGAUCCAAUGCCGCAAUAUUAGGCUUUCGGGCUCUUGCUCAUUCGCUUCGUCCCUACCAUCCGCCAUUAGCGCAGUCAGCUACGCUCUUCGAGCUAUUCAAAGACAAUGUUGCUCCGAUGGUGCGUAUUUUCCACAUGCCCACGUUGGCUCGGAGUCAUUGGGAUGCUAUUGCAUCUCUGGAAUCACUUGAUAGGGAUGCCGAAGCACUGUUGUUCGCGAUAUACUAUUCUACGGUGAUAAGCAUGGAUUCCGAGCAGUGCGCAAGCGCUCUAGGUGUUUCCAAAGCGUAUGCUUCCGAGACCUAUCUUUUCGCCGUGGAACAAGCUUUGGCACGGGCCGACCUACUAAAUACCCAAAGCGUGACAUUAUUGCAAGCUGCCGUGCUUUUUUUAUUCGCAUUACGCAACGAAGAUGAUUCCCGGACCGUCUGGUCUCUAACAUCCCUCAUCUUCCACAUCGCACAGGCUAUGGGUCUCCAUCGUGAUGGCAUCGUGUUUGGGCUGAAACCCAUGGAGACAGAGCUACGCCGGCGGCUGUGGUGGCAUAUCUGUCUUCUGGAUGCCCGCUCGUCUGAAUAUCAUGGAUGCGAGCCGAUUGUGCGUGAAUCCGCCUUUGACACGAGAUUGCCGCUGAACAUUGAGGAUUCCGACUUGACAGCUGAGAUGACUGAGCCGCCUGUCGAGCGGGAGGGAGCAACUAGUAUGUAUUUCUGUCUCAUCAGGUGUGAAGUAAUGCGUACUAUGUGGAAGAUCAGUUGUGCUUCUCGAAGCAUGGGAACCCCGGGGCUUGCGAAGGGCAGACUGUCCUUAGAAGAACGUGAAUCUUUGGUCCAAAAUCUGCACGAUCGGCUUGAGGGUCGAUACCUGAAGAACUGUGACAUCUCCAAGCCUUUUUUCUUGGCUUCGACUUUUGUUGCCCGUCUCAUGGUGGCGCGAGCGUGGCUUAUUGCACGUUACCCUCUGAGUGAGAAGGAAUAUGGUGUUGACCUAUCGGGCCCUGUGCGCGAUCGGCUCUUUUUGUCCUCAGUUGAGGUUCUGGAGCUGUCCAGCAUGGUGCUCACAAAUGAGAAGAUUUCCCAUUGGAGUUGGCACUCAAAGACUCACAUUCAAUGGCAUGCAGUUGCCUUUGUGCUGUCAGAGAUCUGCACCCGACCCCCCUCUGCAGACUGUGACCGCGCAUGGGAGUACGUCAACAUUGUCUACAACAACUGGAAAAUGAAAGAGAGUGGGAGAAAGGGUACCCUAUGGCGACCCAUUAGACGGCUAAUGGCCAAGGCGCAGUACGUGCGCGAGAUGCAAAAGCUAGACCCGCUCGGCCGAUGGCAGCGGAGGGCAGCCCCCACGGAUGAUAUACAACAAGUCCCGGGUCCCGCGUCGUUCUCGAACAUGGGUAUGGAAUACAUGCCUCCGCCUGGCGACCCAAUCUGCAGUGGGAUAGGGGAUCUUCCAAGUAGUCUCCUGAUGGAAGCAGUGGACCCCUUCCAGGAGCUUUUCCCGGGUGUUCCGCAGACCGAAGGCUUUAUAGAUGAAGCGAAUAACACAAUGCUGAAUCUCGAUGAACAUUCGCAGAUUCCUGAAUGGCUGGUACCGGAGUGGAUCAGCAAACCGCCAGGAGACCAGGCAUAG